CAUCUUCCAUUUCCUGUUCUUCUUCCACAAAACACAAUAAACAACCAUGGCUAAAAUGACAACCCCAGGAGCACUUCGUACCCUUCAUUCUUAUUCCCAUCUCAAGCAGUGUCCUUUUGUAGAUUCUAGUACAAUCCUUCCUGGUUUUAGAGAUUCUUGUUUCUCUAAUCUUAAAGGGACGCUGAAAAGCUCAAGAAAGGCAUCGUUUGUUCCUGUAAUAGCAUCCCAGAGCUCUCCUGUAUAUUAUGUCCCGGACGCAAAAUUUUACAAGGUGGAGGCGAUUCUCAGGCCCUGGCGAAUCCAGCAAGUUUCUUCGGCUUUGCUGAAAAUGGGCAUUCGUGGUGUUACGGUUUCUGAUGUACGAGGCUUUGGGUCUCAAGGGGGUUCAACAGAGAGACAUGGUGGCUCUGAAUUUUCUGAGGACAAGUUUCUUGCUAAAGUUAAGAUGGAGAUUGUGGUGAGAAAGGAGCAGGUUGAGGCUGUGAUUGAUAAGAUAAUUGAGGAAGCGAGGACUGGAGAGAUUGGUGAUGGCAAGAUAUUCUUGGUGCCUGUCGCUGAUGUCAUUAGAGUUCGCACAGGCGAGCGUGGAGAGAAUGCUGAGAGGAUGAUCGGAGGACGAUCUGACACGUCCGCUGCUGCAUAACCAGAUUUGCAUUGUGAGCAACGUUAGCUGCAGCUUACUCCAAUCGAAAUGUCAAAGCUGUAGCUGCCCUUAAUUUGUCGAAACUUAUGAUUGUGUUAGUUGUUUAGCAUGUAUUAUCGCCUGUGAAUUAAAAUAAAGAUGAAGGAUCAAUCACAUUGCUUUCUAGCUCAUCAUAAUAUGAAGCUGUUACUGGUUACUUAGCUGUCAUUCUUUUGUGCCAACACCAUGUUCCCUACAAUUAGGGAUGGCAAAUUCCUCUAAGACCCGUGGAGUUCUGCAGAGAACCCUGCCAUGGGAAUGAAAAUUCUAAGAAUAU